GGAAGUAAGACGUUUAUUGACAAUAUGGCCGCGGAGCUGGGUUUGGAUUUGGAGAAAACUGUAAUUUGACAGCACUCGCCGGGGCUGCGAUUACACCUGAUUUCCCCCUCAGGAGUGUACGGAACAUAUGCAUUUGAAUGAAGGGACCCGCGAGUCCACGGGACGGUGUCAGUGAGCUGAGGAAACGUCCAGAGUUUGAAACCCGUCAUGUCGUUUUUCAAGAGGAAAGCCAAAAGCAAAGAACCUGAGAGAGUGACAGAUGCUAAAGUCAGUAGAGCUCCAACCAGCCCUCACUCUCCAGCAUUAGGACUGAGGAACCACCAUGCCAUCCAGGAAGCUGCCGGGCCCAGCCAUGUGGCCAUCAACGCCAUCUCUGCCAACAUGGACUCCUUUGCCCGCGGUCGUACCGCCAUCCUCAAGAAACAGCCAAGUCACAUGGAGGCUGCGCACUUUGGAGAUCUCGGUCAUUCCAGUGUGAACUAUCAGCCCCAAGAGACUCGCUCUCGGCUUUCGAAGACAGUGGACCAUGUCCUGCGGGAUAACGUGGCGAUACCCCACUAUAUGCAUUUCAUGGAACUACGGGGUGCUGACCAUCUAGUUCGGUUCUGGUUGGAGGCUGAGAGUUUCCGCUCUACCAGCUGGUCACGGGUCCGAGCGCACAGCCUAAACUCUGUUAAACACAGCUCGUUGGCCGAGCCCGUCCCUGCCUCCGCAGACAGCUCCGAGCUCCGGGAGCUCGCCCAGUACACGGCCAAUGCCCUCGCCCAGGACAGUAGCAGUGAGGGCCCUACAGCGCUGUCGGAGCAGCGGGACUCCUCCAGCACAGAAGCAGGCCUGAGACCGGGCACUCCUCGAGCAGAAACCCCAAACAGGCAGGCACCCUCCAGGACAGGGACUCCCUACAAGGUGCUGUCGAACAGCACCCUGCGAGACCUCUCGGACAAACUCAUGAAAAGUAUAGAGAAAGAUGCUGUUACCAUCUUCACCAAGUACAUCUCUCCAGACGCUGUGAGACCCAUCCCCAUCACAGAACAAAUCAGAAACGACAUAGUUGCUAAGAUAUGUGGAGAGGAUGGCAUGGUGGACCCAAACUGCUUUGUCAUUGCACAGUCGGUGGUCGUCACAAUCUUGGACCAACAGCACUUUAGCGAAUUCCUGCGGAGCCAUCAUUUCUGUAAAUACCAGAUUGAAGUGUUGACUAGUGGCUCCGUGUUCCUGGCUGACAUCUUGUUCUGUGAGUCAGCUCUCUUCUACUUCUCUGAGUACAUGGAAAAGGAGGAGGCGAUGAAUGUACUGCAGUUCUGGCUGGCGGCAGACAACUUCCAGAACCAGCUUGCAGCUAAAAAGGGCCAGUAUGACGGCCAGGAGGCUCAAAAUGAUGCCAUGAUCCUCUACGACAAGUAUUUCUCACUCCAGGCCACUAACCCUCUGGGCUUUGGUGACUCUGUGCGGAUGGAGAUAGAGUCGAAUAUCUGCCGAGAGGGAGGGCCACUCCCCGACUGUUUCACCACUCCACUCAGACAGGCCUGGACGACCAUGGAGAAGGUCUACAUGCCAGGCUUCCUGUCUAGCAACCUUUACUACAAAUACCUGAGUGACCUCAUCAACUCGGUGCGGGCAGAUGAGUUUGUGAAUGUCAGCACUCCGGGUCAGGGCGGGCUCGCGGACAACGAUCGUACAAGUUCAAAUGCCAGCGAGGUCUCCCAGUCUCAGCAUGGUGCCAGAAAGGCAGCCAUCAAGAUCCUGAAAAACUUUGACGAGGCAAUCACGGUGGACGUUGCCAGCCUGGACCCUGAGUCUUUGUACCAGCGGCCGUACGCUGGAAAGAUGACGUUUGGCAAGGUGAAUGAGAUGGGCCAGUUUAUCAGGGAGGCAGAGCCAGAGCCGGACGUGAAGAAAUCCAAAGGUUCCAUGUUUUCUCAAGCCAUGAAGAAAUGGGUCCAAGGCAACUCAGAUGAGGCCCAGGAGGAGAUGGCAUGGCAGAUUGCCAAGAUGAUUGUCAACGACGUCGUCCACCAGUCAAACCAUGACAGCCCUGGCAAGGCCACCAAGUUAUGACCCCACUGAGGAACCAAAGGACUGUCACUCCCUGCAGACGCUGGCCAAGCCAGUGACAAACUGUACACAGGGUUCACCCUACAAUGAACUGCAUUACUCUGAGAACGAACAAGGCAUUUUAUCAUCUCCCCGUGUGUGUGUGUGUGUGUGUGUGUGUGUGUGUGUGUGUGUGUGUGUGUGUGUGUGUGUGUGUGUGUGUGUGUGUGUGUGUGUGUGUGUGUGUGUGUGUGUGUGUGUGUGUGUGUGUGUGUGUGUGUGUGUGUGUGUGUGUGUGUGUGUGUGUGUGUGUGUGUGUGUGUGUGUGUGUGUGUGCUUGGGCGAGGGAUUGUUCACGCAUGGGCUAAUGGAAAAAGUUGAAGUACAUCAUUGUUCCAAUCUUCCAACUCCAUAACACUAUAAAGGUACACUUGUAGUCGCCAAAAGCAAAGCAAAGCCCAGAGCUUGCAUCAGACUGGAGGAAGACACUCCUGGUGAAGGAAACGGUCAACAUGAUGCUGGAGGAAGGAGCAACAUGUCAGUCGAUCACUGAGUCGCUGUAGCCAUACUGUCUGAAAAAUGUCUUAUCCCGGGCCUAUGGAGGAGGUGAUAAAGACUGAACUAACCGCACUCCCUCAUGAAACACCUCCCCACACCUUUUAUAACCAUUCCUUGUUUUUAGAUGAAAUUCUCUCUUAAGGGUCGGCCACUUAAGGCUUAAGCAGAUCAAAAUCAGCGUUGUACAGUUUUUGCAUACGCUUCCCUCUGCCUGCCUGGAGUAGUUUUGUCUGCUGUUCACUUUUGUGAGCUGUCCUUCGUUGGCUGUUUUACGUACUGUAGACCAUCUGGAAAUGCAACAAUGAAAAGCUGAUUCAGUUCUUGAACUGUCUGACCUCCUAUAUGAACCUCCUGGCACCUUUACAGAGCGUAGAAGAAGAAGUACUCCCCUAAUGAACUUAAGUGCUCCAGUUGUGUUGGAAAACUCCAUGUCCUAAAUGUUCUAUAUAUAUAUAUAAAUAUAUGUAGAUUUCUGGUUUACCCCAUAUAUUGUUAGUCCUUUUUUAUGGUGGUCGCUGUUUUUUUUAAAUGCAUCACUGAAACAAACGUCAGUGAUGACCGGACUGUUCAACUGGAAAGUGUGCUCAGUGAAUUAAACCUUUUUUUUUUAUUUGAGCCUUACCAAGAUGUGGAAAAGAACCAGAAAAGACUCUUGGUACUAUGUACCACUAAUGUUUUCUGACAUGUACGUGUACUUAAUCUAUAAUAUAUUUAAAUUGUGUUUGAUUGAAAUACAUAUAUUAUGAAAUGUU